UUUCCAUGUCAACACCUACUGUUGUGUUUUCCUGCUUUUCAAACCAGGAAGAUGGAUCGGCUGUCGAACAAAUGGAUUGUUAAUUUGAUAGUUUGUUCCUUUUUCAUCGGUGUCAGCUGUAAUUCAGUGGAAAAGAAGAUUUAUGUGCACCUCAACUACACUGUCCCAUGUGUACGACUUCUUAAUGCAACACAUCAAAUAGGAUGCCAGUCCUCUUUAUCAGGUAAUGUUGGUGUGCUCCAUGUGCUCGAGUCAGAGGAAAACCUGGACUGGGUCCUACGCUCUGGUCCCAAUCCACCUUAUCUGGUUAUCCUGGAGUACCCGUUCUUCACCAGGUCCAUCAUGAUGAAGCUGAAGAACGGCUCCAGCAGGGUGGCCGGCGUUGCUGUUGUGGCGCCAAACUCAAACCCGCCUGAGGGCUUUUCACCACACACCUCCUGCCCCAAUGAGAACACAGGUGUGUACACAGAAACCUACGAUCCAGCGCUGGCUCACUGUAACGUGACGAUGUGGAACCCUCUGGGAAACGGACUGUCCUAUGAGGAGUAUGACUUCCCCAUCUUCUCCCUGAAAGAUGACAAUGACACUCAGGUCAUCCGGCAGUGUUACCAGGAUCACAACCGUCUUGUGAAUGGCAGCUCUCCUCAGUACCCACUGUGUGCCAUGCAGCUCUACUCCCACAUGUCUGCAGUCACCGACACGGCCACCUGCAUGAGGAGGAACGACAUCAACUUUAGCAUCAGCCCAGAGAUGGUUUGUGAUCCCCUGGGUGACUAUAAUGUUUGGGCUUCCACCAAGCCUCUCAACAACUCAGUCAAGGGCCACAAGAUGGGGGAGAGUGUGGUCAUAGCAGCAGCCAGGUUGGACAGCCGGUCUUUCUUCUUUGACAUCGCUCCAGGAGCAGAGAGCGGCGUCUCUGGGUUCGUCACUCUGCUUGCUGCUGCUCAUGCCCUGCGAAACGCCAUUCAGGAAGCCCAGCCAAACCGCACCAUCUUCUACACCUUCUUUCAGGGGGAAACCUUUGACUACAUUGGCAGUUCGAGGAUGGUGUAUGACAUGCAGAACAAGCAGUUCACAGUGGACCUGGACAAUGUCCACUCAGUACUGGAGAUUGGACAGGUUGGACUCCGUGCAGACUCCAGGCUUUGGCUUCACUCUGAUCCUGUUUCAAGGAAGAACAGUAGUGUCAAUGAAGAGGUGACUAAGCUCAUCAAUAACUUGAAGUCGGCUGCUGGAGGUGUGGGAAUCACAGCAGAAGAACCGGGUUUCUCCCAGCCACUCCCUCCCUCAUCCUUCCAGCGUUUCCUGCGAGCACGGCCAAUCCCUGGCAUUGUCAUUGAAGAUCACCAGUCUGCCUUCACCAGCAGGUUCUAUGAGAGUAUGUACGAUAACGCAGAAUACCUGAACAUCUCUUACCCUCAAAACCUGACCGCAGAGGAGCAGCUGGAGUUUGUGACUGAGACAGCCAGGGCUCUGACUGAUGUGGCCACCAUGGUGGCUCAGGCUCUCUACGUGCAGGCAGGGGGAACGGAAUCGCAGCUCAGCAGCAUUAAAGCAGACCCUCAAAUAGUGACUGGGAUGUUGUACGGUUUUCUUGUCCGAUCAAAUAACUCCUGGUUCCAACAGAUUCUCCCUCCUGACCUCAUAAGUCAUCUUGCUGACAGGCCAACAAACUUCUAUGUCGGCGUCCACCAGCAGUCCAGUGAGCCGACUCUUCUGGUGCAGUACCUGCUCGCUAAUUUAACAGGAAGCACGCCAAACAUCACUAAGGAGAACUGUCAGGACCAGAAAGAGGACAAGGACGACACUGAGAGCAGACACAUGUACACCUACAUGUGGGUUCAAGGUUCAGCGCCUCCCAACAGCACAGAUAGGGAGGGUUUCUGCAUCCGCUCCACGGUCCGUCUCUCCAAAGCGUUGUCUCCAGCCUUCGAGCUAGGAGAGUACACCUCCAAAGAUUAUUCAACCUGGACAGAGUCCAGGUGGAAGACCAUCAAAGGACGCAUAUUCCUGGUGGCCAGUCAUGAACUGGAGAUGUUGACGCUGGGUGUGGGUGUCGGCGUGUUGAUAUCAUCCCUACUCAUCACGUACAUUGUCAGCUCGAAGGCCGACAUGCUCUUCAGCUCGGGGAGGGAACCCACGAACGCCACCUACUGAUCCAUGCAGAGAGAACACAGGCCUACGACCACUACUACUACUUUUACUACAACUACUACUUCUAUCCCAAACAGACAUGGACCGGCCCCUUUUCUUUAAAAUCACAACACGAGUAGGUACACAGAAAGGUCAGACACAGCAUCAGCAGAGAGAGGGGUUUACUUUUUAAAGACCACGACUCCAUGUUUGUGGACUCACUCAGGUGAGACGUGACAUGAGGACUGGACUGGACCGGACUGGAUUGGCCUGAAUGGAUCUGGACUCAUCAGGGUCAGAAAACACUGGUCAGGCACCAGCAGGCCCUGCUAGUGGAAAAGAUGUUCAUAUUUCUUUUAUUAUUUUUUCCCUUUUAUUGUCCAAGAAUGUUUUGUUUACUGUGUCAUGGGAUAGGCACUAAACAUGGAGCAUUAUUUGAGCGUGAGUGAUUCUGAAUAUGUCAAUGUGAACGAGUGUGUGAGAAAUCGACUGUGUGACAUUAAAUUUAAGAGUGUGUGUGCGUGAGGAUUGCAAUGCUAUGUGCAAUACUGUAGCUGUCUUCUCUGUCAGUGUAGUUAACUUAUCAAUUGGUUCUAAUGAUAAGAAACCACUUUUUUGAGUCGGUCAACAAGUCAUAACAUUUAAAUUUUAACUAUUUUUCAAACUGUAGGGAGAGGUAUUUUGAUGAAUGGUAGGUCCUGGGAAGAUGACAACAGCCUAGAUAUUUAUAUCCUUCAGUCCCAGUACACAUAAAACUACAGGAUGUAGUUGUAGAGCCACCAGAAUUUCACAUAUUGUGAUAACUGUAUGGAGAAGAAGAUGAAGAAUCUCCCUGCAGUCUGGCGCAGCUGACAAACACUUCACUGCAUAUCGAUCAGCUGCCAAAAAAUCCAGUUGGACAAUCUUUUGUUCCGCAAUAACUGCGCUGGUACUCAGGCUGUGCACUCCUUUUGGUUCGUACCUUUUUGACAAGGUUUCUUUUAACCAUAACUUCUGAAAAUUGUGGCAACACAAGAAGAUUUUCUCUCUUUUUGUUGAUGAGUGUUCAUUUAAUGGCUGGAAUCAAUGACCAAUUGUGAUGCCUUCAUGAGGAAAUAAACAUGGCUUCUUUUCCA